AUGAUGAGAACCGACGAAGGCGCCACCGUCGAUUUGGGACCGGCGAAAGAUUUGCCGCACUCGGAUGAGAUUCCGAUUCCGCCGACGGUCAAGAAGGAGAAGAAGAAGCUCCAAUUCCACAUGGGCAAUCGGGUUCAGAUCAUUCCGACGAAUCGUCAAGGCCAACUCAACACCGGCUUCCUGGCCACCCUUGGCGGUGUGCUGAAGAUCGCUGAGAUCAUUCUCUCGUUCGUCGCGUUCGUGUUGGCGAUAUGCGCCGAUCGUCGAACGACGACCGCCGCGUGGACCGAGCACAUCUCGUUCGAGACGCUGCUCGUCGUCACCGCGCUUCUCAUCGGCUACGUCGUGUUCCCGCAUCUCACCAUCAAGGACGAGGCGACGCGCGAGGGACUCAUCGUCGUCGAGCUGCUGUUCUACGGCGUCAACACGCUCCUCUAUUUCAUCUCGAUUUGGCUGAUGGUGCAUUUGUCGGCGAGCUGGGGCACCGAUGGACGCGGUGCGGCCAUCAUGACGGCGGUGAUUUGCGUCGCGUUGACCGCCUUGUUCGCCAUCGAGACGUUCGUCAAAUUGAGGGGGUGGCGCGGCGAGAACGAGCCGCAAACCGUCAUCACGAGCGGAAACGCGCAAGCCUAA